AUGUCUCGCACAAACAAUACCGAAGAAGUCGCACAAGUUCCACGGCAAGGACAUGAUGCCAAUGUAAUUCAACAACUCGUUCAAGAAGGGGCAGGAGCGGCAAUUUCACAAGCUACUCCACCGGACCAAGAGGUAUAUUUGCUGUUUAAUUUGCCAUGUAUUGUCUUUUGCAACUUUCCGCAUGCUAUAUGUUCCUGCUAACGAUCUUUUGUUGUCGUGCAGCUUUUUUCUUGCUCGUUGUAGCAUGCCAUUCGCUUAUUAUUCCUUUAUUUUAUGUGGCCUUUGCAAAACACUAUAACUUAUAAUUAUAAGACUACUGAUCUCCUUUCUUUUGUUUUCGUGCUUUCUUUACUAAGUUUCCCGGCAUUUUCGAGCAAGAUUGUUCGCUUUUCUGUUUCUCGCGUUUGCGUAUAUCGGUAGUUUGCACAUGAUUAGCUAGUCCUUGUAUUCUUAAUUUUUCCCAAGAAUGUGUCCCCGAGUUGUGAUUUAUUUAAUUUUCUUUUAUGCAGUUUUGCCCAUGCAUUUAAAAUGAGUUCAUGCGUGGCUUGUUCUGCUUCAUUUGGAUGCGUUGUUUCAUAUUUUACCGCCACAUUGCUGUUGUUCCGUUCCUUUACUCGUGCAUAUGGCAAGCCUAACAGUAUAUUCCUAUUCACAUGUAUGUAUCAUUUGUUUCUUCACACAUAUUUGGCCGAUUUUGCAUUGAAUUCUGUUUUCCUGCAUUGAGAUGUUUACUUAAUUUGUUUGCUCAUGCAGAUGUUAUUGGCUUUGAUUUAUAUUUUCCUGCAUUGUCAUUGACAUGUUCUUCAAUUUGUUUGCUCAUGCGGAUGUUAUUGGCCUUGAGUUAUAUUUUCCUGCAUUGAGAUGUUUAUUCCAUUUGUUUCCUCAUGCAGAUGUUAUUGCCUUUGAGUUAUAUUUUCCUGCAUUGAGAUGUUUAUUCCAUUUAAUUGUUUGCUCAUGCAGAUGUUAUUGGCCUUGAGUUAUAUUUUCCUGCAUUGAGAUGUUUAUUCAAUUUGUUUCCUCAUGCAGAUGUUAUUGCCUUUGAGUUAUGCACCAAUCAUUUGUUUCCACCACCGAGGGCGGGCAACCCUGGGGAAUUUGACAACAAAUUCUUUCCCGAGAGACGGCCAUUUGACAACAAACUGCAGCCCCACACUGGGGCAAUUGACAAACUCGGUUUAAUACCCAGACAUCGGUUUGAGGCGCGUUUGGAGACUGGGGCGAGCACAUGUAUAUUUCAGUGUGAAAGCGUUUUUUUUUUAAAUAGCAAACGACUUUUUUCAAGAUGGAAAACAAAUCAAGCUCUGACAUAGAAAGUUUUUUUAAGGAAAAAAACCUUUCAGAUGUGUCAGAGAUAUUCAAAGGUUGGUUUAUUCAAAUUUUCUUUAUAUAUUUUGGUAAAAAACCCAGUUUUUAAUAUAGUUUUAUAAUAGACAGAAAACAACUUGAUUUUUUUUGCUGCUGUGUUUUUUUAAUAGUUGAAAUUUUAUGCAGUAUUUUGAAUUUUUCUUUUAUAUAGUUUUAAUAAUAUGAUGACUUUGAUAUUAUAUCGCUUUUCUGUUAAUAUGUUAAACGCUUUUAAUAAAAUUUUUACUAAUAAAAUUCUAUAAAAUUAUAGUUAAACAUGAUUUAUUAAUAAUAUACAUUUGUUGUACACAGAUAAAACAAUGUCUAUUCUCAUAACAAAAAGUUCAAUGUUUUUACCGAGAAUGUUCAAUGUUUGUGAUGAUCAUUUGAUGGUUUCAAUUUGCUCAGCCAUUCAGCUUGGAGCUGGUUGAAUGUGAUUGGAUGAUCAGAUUAAAACCUGUCCAGUGCUCUUGACAAAUAUUGACGAUUCUCACACGAAUAGGUAAUGCUUUCAUCAGCGACAAUUCAGCCUUAGUUGCAAGCGAUGGUAUCAGACCUUCUAACUCUCACACAUUUUGCGUGAGACACACACAUUUGACAUAUUUCUCACGCUCACACGCAUAAACACUAUUUUCUCACGCAAAAAAGCGAAAAAAUAGGAAGCGAUCCAACUUUUGUUUUAACGCUUCUCUUCGCCAAGCAAAUAUUUCUAUUUAGCUGAAUCAGUAGCUAUAAAAUAAAGUAUUUUUCGAGCAGUUGCUGUGUAAUGUAUAGUGUUGCGUAAGUUGCACUAUUGCGCAAAUUAGUAAAUUGACACUUAGUUAAUGAGGGAUUUCCUCAGACAACGCUUUAUGUAAAAUAUUACAUAUAAACUAUAAUCUUAUUAAUUUUGCGUGAUGAAUUAGCAUUAUUCGCGCCUGGGCAUGAUAACGCAUUAAAAAGUAGGUAAAUCUGCUACUUAUGAAUACAACAAAGCACAUACACACUACCUAUAACUCAUUAACAUUUAAAUUUAGAAUGACUUUUACUUUUUAAACAAUAUUAACGAAAGAAAAAAUAAAUGAAACUUAUAAUUGCAUGCAGAUGUCCAAAAAGUGUUACUUUUGAGAUUUUUUAAUGCCAUUUUUGUACCUUUAGAAUUAUGUUAAUCUUCUCCCAAAAUGCAGGAAAUGGCAUUUCAGAGACUUAAGAUUUAAAAAUUUUCCGGGGGGGCAUGCCCACGAAAGUUGGAAGGUCUGUGGUAUUAACAAGAAAGUGAAAAGCUGAGUGACAGCUGAGUGGUCAAAACAUUUUUGAUACUGAAUUAAAAAACUAAAAUAUAACCAACGUACUGUGCAACACAGCAUAAAUAGUUGGGGGGGGGGGGCUGAUUUUUACUGUUUUUGUACUUUACAUCCAUGAUGCUUUUAUGCAGCCAUUUUCUAUAUGUAUAGGUAACAGUAUGGUUUCGAGUGCGAUUUGGAAAAAAACAUGCACAAGUGAGUUUUUCACAACCUCGUGCCCAGGGUGAUUCCUCUUGGCAAGGGGAGAAAAGACCCUGGUCACGUGAUCUGCUAAAAUCUAGCAGAUUUUUAAUUAGCAAUCCAAGAUGAAGUCAAUAAAAUUUGUUAUUUGGAUAAUUUUUAUAGUUUAAUUUAUAAUUUGCAAUGCUUUUUGUAUGAUUGUCGUAAAGGAAUCCAAGAUAGUUAAUUAGAAAUCUUCUAGAUUUUAGCAGAUCACGUGUCCAGCGUCUACCAGGGUCUUUUCUCCACAACUAUCGAAAUUGCACGAGUCCGAAGGACAAGUGCAAUUUGAAAUCUUUGAAAAACUCAUGAGUGUAUGUUUUUUUUCAAAUUGAACGGGAAACCAUACCAGUAAUUAUUAAUAAUAUACAUGAAAAAAUUAUGCAGUCACGUGCGUAAGUCACAUUUAGAAAUUAAGAAGUUAAAAAAAUUAAGAAACUUAAAAAAUAAAAAAUCAAGAAAUUUGCAUUGUAUUUCUUUUUUUGCACUGUAUUUCAUUUUUUGGCACUGUAUUUCGAAAAAAUUGCACUGCUCUUAGCCAAUCAGAAUCGAGAAAUUUUUUCAUGUAUAUUAAUUAUUAUUAUUAAUUUAACUAAUGGUGUAUGCUGAAUGCUGAUAAUUCCGUUGCUCUGUCAUGUAUCCAUUCAUCACAUUCAUGACGUCCACAGUCAAAUUGUAAAACUGCAAAGUUCAUAUCCAAUGUUACUUUACUAGCCAGCAUGGCUGGCUCUUUUAUAGGGCAGAUAAUUGAAGGAGAGCCUGCCCGGAAGCCCUAGUAAAAUUGAUGCUCUCGGCAGCCAGCUGCCGAGAAUUGUGAUUGGCUGAAUUUACGUUGACCACAGGUUGAUUGACAUGUUACGCUAAUUUAUUCAACAAUUUAAAAAUAAAUACAGUAAAAACAAACAGCAUCGCUAUAUUAACAUGUAAACCUGUCGGCUAAAAUAUAAAAUUCAAAAGUGUAAAAUAUAAACAUAUACCGGUAUCUAAAAAGGAAUAAGGCAAGCCAUACUGCUAUUACUGCAUAUGUCGUAAGAUUUUACCGUAUGGUCACUAUAGUAUAGAGUAUAAAACCUUGGCUAUCCUUGCCUUGUCUAUAUUUUGCUGGCUGGCAAAUUACGAUUAUAUAAAAUAAUAAUUCCCCAUUGUGUUUAAUACAGCAUAAUAACUCGAAGCUCUCUUUGGAGCAUUUAAAAUACAUUUGCCUGCCAACGUGUAUAACACGAGAAGGGUUCUAUUUACUUUUCCUAAGUCAUUUAUUAUAUUUAAUACUGCAAUAUUUAUAACUGUAUUACAGCCAUACAGGUGCAAAGCAUAAUAUAAUUUUGAACGGUCUUCGUCUACUAUUAAUUUCCAGACAAAGUCGAAGGGCCUUCACUCGAAAUGCCGACGUUUUGCUUGUAUUUCCAGGCAGUUGAAUCGCUAUCCAUCUAUUGUAAAAAGUUUAUUGAAAGCAUGUAGCGCAGGCUAUAGUAAAUAUGCAACAAUUGACAUUUCAAGUCAUCAUUUAUACAAAACUAGUUCGAGUGGGCGGUGUUAAUAUGGAAUAUUAACUAAGUAGGCGGUAUCAAUUUUACUAGGGCUUUCGGGCAGGCUCUACUUAUAAAAGAGCCAGCCAUGCUGGCUAUUACUUUACCUGUAUAGACUACUUACACUGUUAAAAUAAACGUCUUAUAAAUGUAGAUGAGAGGGGAGGGGUGAGAGUAAAUCACGGCAUAUUUAUAUGCACUUUAUGGUGGGAGCAACAAGAAAUCAUUGCAUUUUGUAAACAAAUUUCAUCAUAAAUACCUAAUGGUUUUCAAAACUUGAGAAUUAGAAAAUGAUAUUGAUGGAAUUGCUUUGUCUCGGAUGAUGAAAGAAGAACACAAGUGUUGUCUGAAAGAGCUAAUAGCAAAGAUGGGUCCAAGAUUGAGGGCAAUAGACGUAAUAGAAAAAGAGUAUGGAAAGAAGACUGUGAAACAUGGUCCUAGCAGAGAUUCAAAUAAAGUGGAAAAUGUUGCAUUUAAAGGACAAAUGAAGAUACAGAUGGAGGGUGGAGUUUAG